AUGCGCUUAGAUACCGAGGAAAUCUCUCAGCCAAAUCUUAAUUAUGGGUUUCGUGUGCGCCCUGGAGCCGCCGAGAUUCAGACACGCAAUUCAAGUGACGUUCAGAUGUCCAUUUUGCUUGGUCGAGACAGCCAACAUCCCUUGACCGAAGUGGUUAGCAGCGAACUCGAUAAGUCGACUGCAUCUCUUCGUACCCGUCUGCGCACAGCAGAUGCUGAGGCGUGCAAAGCGCGCCAGUGGCGGGGCUGCAUGGAAGAGCACAUCGGACAGAAUGUCGAGACUACUGGCAUGAAGUAUCAUGAAGGUCCGAAGGCGCGAGGUCUGACCUCAGAAUUGGCGCGCUCAGUUGCAAAUCGCUCAAAAGGAGAGUCGAUGCGUCAACUACUGUCGUUCGAGCAGAAGGGUUGCAAAAGAUGGUGA